AUGCGCCACGAUACACAGUUCUCUGUAGUUUGUUUGGGAACGGGUAAAGGUGCCUCCAUGGUCUAUGAUGGGAGUUGUAGCCCUGGUUACGUUCUCUGCAUGGACGAAGAACCACUCAUUCUGUUCGGCGCCGGGUACGGUGUGACGAGGCAGUGUCUCCGCUACUUUGGCGUCAUUCCCUCCAAUAUUUUCAUUUUUUCGAACCGCUCGCACAUGUCCGCCGAGCUUCCGGUCAUCAUCGCCGUGGAGAGUUGCAAGGGGAGGCGUCUUCGCAUUGUUGCUAGCGAGGCGGUGAUGUCCUGCAUUAGGGAACACCGAUUGGCGGAGGUACGCUCGCGGUUAAACGGCGUCAAAGCAGCCAAUGGUGAUGGUGUCUGUGACUUUGUCGCCAUCCCUUCUCCUGGUGUCCCACCGGACGCAAAUUUGCCGCCGUAUCAUUUGCCAUGUGUGGCCGCGGUGUCGCUGCUUGUGUUCGACACUUCUGCCGCGGAGGCAUCAUGUGGGGUGUGCGUAUCACAGAAUGGCGUCCCGCUGGUGGUUUUGACGGGCGAUUGCGCCUACAAUCCAGGGUUGCACUGCGCAAUACUUCGCAUGGCUCCUGUGGUGAUUCUGGACGGAAGGCGCAACGCGUCACGGGAUCAUGCCUCCUUCACCGACAUUUUGCGCGCUGUGGAGAACUGCGGGGUGGUGCCCCGGCGUGUGUUUAUUGGACAGUACGGACAGCCGUGGGAGGCACCGCCAGUGGUGAAGGGCGGCGUCGUAUUCCCGAUUGUGGAAGGUGCUGUCGUGGCAUUGGGGGAGAGGCCUGCCGUUGCCCGCGUUUCAAUGGCAUCCGCAGUAGAGAAGGGGGCGGAAAACACGGUUAGAAAAGAUGAGGAUGAGGUGCGACCCACCGCGUGGACGCGUGCUCGCCAUACUGAUCCUUGCGCCCACGCUGAGGUCCGUCCCGUGAAGGUGUUUCUUAUCAACAACGAGUCGCCGGACACCCCACCGGCCAUUCUGAUGGUGCAGCAGCUCCGCACCAUGUCACAGGUCAAACAGCGAGUGUCUGAACUUCUUCAUUUGCGGCCCGUAGGGACCCUUUUCUCCGCAGAUACAGGGCAGAGGCUGACUUCUCUCUCUCAGUUCACGCAUGGCAUGAGGGUGGUGGCCACAAAGAUUGGUGGGAGGCCGCUUGAAGAUCUUCCGGCUCCUCGCCUAAGCGAGCGGCAACAGAUUGUUCUCGUUCCUGAGAAGCCUUUAGAGGGGGACAGCCCUCUGUCGGUAGAAGUGCGUGAAUACAUGCAACGAGCGCACCAGGCUCUUCGAGGACAUGUGGGCUACGAAGGACUUGUUUCUGUUGAUCCCGCGACCCGUCAUGACGACGGUGUGGGUGUUGUAUCGAGCGUGGGAGGGCCAUGUGCUGGCAUUGACUCCCCGUCUCAGAUCAGUGCUGAGUUGUCUCCCGAAACGCCUCAAGUUAUGGAGAAGGUGGGCGUGGCCGGGCGCGACAAUUCAAACAAGGGUGGAACUGCAUACUCCUUUCGAUUUACGACGCUGGGGGCGUAG